AUGCGAUUUAACAUCGCAUCGCAUUCCCCUAUUCUAUGGAUCAAUCUCCUCAACGAUUGCCCUCCAUCUCUUCUUGCGAUGGGACCACUCGACUUUAAACCAAAUCCGCCCGCCCAGCCGGGGCUGGAGGUCGUCGUCCCUGAUGGCCUGAUGGUUGCCGGGGCCGGACGCCAGCGCAAUACCCGCCCCUAUUCUGCUGAAAAUAUUCAGGGGCCAAUGCCGCCAGCCUGUGGGAGAUCGAUUGUGGCCCCUGGACAGGAAAAGUCUUCCCCGAAAACAAUAUGCGGGAUUCGGGCGCGGUACUUUUGGAUUGGGGUUAUUGUUGCGAUGGUUGUUGUCGCGGCUGCCAUUGCGGGAGGUGUGGGUGGUUCACUCGCGACGAGGAAUAACAACUCGAGUGACUCCACUUCUUCCCCGAACUCAAAUCAAUCCUCGGACAAAGCAUCUUCCUCUUUGACAUCGACAUCCCCAUCGACCACAUCCACAUCCACCCCAACACCCACCCCCAAUCACGUCGAUUGCCCUGCCUCCAACGAAAAAAGAUUCACCCUACACAAAACCUCGUAUGUUGCUCUAUGCGACACUGACUUGUGCACGGGACAAGCUUGCGCCGACAGCACCAUCGAAACGGAUAAGUUUCACGAGACGUCGCUGGACGACUGCGUCAGCCGGUGUCUAUACUGGAAUAAAUCAGGAAGCAGGAUCAAGUGCUCAGGGGUAUCAUGGGACAAAGAGGCACCCGGGGAUUCCGACCAUUUCCAUAGGUGUUUUUUGAAGCGUGAUACCAAAGGCAAGACCUCUCCCCCCGAUGACUGGACGGUUAUAAGUGCCAUUCUCGACGAGUGA